AUGGAAGCUGAAGAAUCAUCAUCAUUGCUGCUAAUCAAAGAAGAGAAGGAGGAUCUGGAGGAGGGUCCAACUGAAAAUGCAGAUGACAACUCUUCAUUUGCAGACCCCUUCGUAGAAGUCAAGGCGGAACCGGAAUUUUUUGACUAUGGUGAUUUUUAUGUGAACUGUUCCUCCCAAUCUAAAGUUAAGUGUGAAAAGAACAGCUCUCCAAGCUGUGAUGAUGAGAGUACUCUCAAACGUCACAUGAGAACUCAUACAGAAGAGAAACCAUAUACUUGCUCUGUAUGUCAAAAAAGUUAUUCUGAUUCAAGUACUCUCAAAAAACACAUGAGAACUCAUACAGGAGAGAAACCAUAUACAUGUGCUUGCUCUCAUAUAUCACAAGAGAACUCAUACGGGAGAGAAACCAUUUACUUGCUCUGUAUGUCAAAAAAGUUUUUCUGGUUCAAGUACUCUCAAGUGUCACAUGAGAAUUCAUACAGUGCUCUCAAAACACACAUGAGAACUCAUACAGGAGAGAAACCAUAUACUUGUUCUGUAUGUCCAAAAAGUUUUUCUGACUCAAGUAAUCUAACAAGACACAUGAAAACUCAUGCAUGA